UGCCUCAGACCAUAGAUUACUCUCGUGCUUAAAACACUCACAAUCAAUAAGCAGCAGAGGAUAGAUCUGGGGAAUUUCAUAAUAAAAAUUGGGGAAUGUUUGAAAAGAUGAAGAGUAAAUGAUCAGCGAAGAACAAUAGAGGAUUGAACAACAGAAAUCUGUGCCUAUCAUUUUGUCCUCAUCAAAUAUUGGAAUGUAUGAGUAAUGGUUGUAUUGCUUAUUUUGUCACACCGCCGACAAAUAAAACGAGAAUGACAGAGAAGCAAGAUUUUACUCAUCCAUGUGAUGAAAGUAGUAACGAUAACGAAGGCGGGAGUAGGGAAGAAGAUGAAAGUAGUAGCGGAAACGAAGGCAGGAGUAGGGAAGAAGAUGAAAGUAGUAGCGGAAACGAAGGCAGGAGUAGGGAAAAAAAUGAAAGUAGUAGCGGAAACGAAGGCAGGAGUAGGGAAGAAAAUGAAAAUAGUUACAAAAACAAAGAUAGAGGUAAGGAAGAAAAUGAAAGUAGUUACGAAAAUGAAGGCCGGAGUAGAGAAGAAGAUGAAAGUAGUAACGAAAACGAAGUUACAAGUAGAGGAAACAAAGGUAAUAGAACUAAAGAGAACAAUUAUGUUAAUAGCGAUAGAGAGGAUUCCUUUGAUCUUGGCGAGGAUCAGUAUCCACUCCUAGCAAGACGGCUGUAUAGAAAAAUACAGAAAAUGAAGCUUUAUGAUGUUUUCAGGGGUCCUGUUUUAAAAAAUACCCAGGUGUGUAAUGCUUUUAUUGCCGAGUUGAAGACAAAACCGUACGCAGAAUUGAAGUCUUUAUUUUUGCACCAAAAGAAACGCAUAGAUAAGAUAGUGAGUAAACAUGAAAGCAUAUUGGAGGAGAGCGAGGAUACAGAUCAAUGGGUUGAUGAGAGAGAAAUACAGAGGCUGCUUUUGGUUGAAAGAAUGAAUGAAACAAACGCAUAUGUUAGAGUGAUUAGCUGGGUCAUUUGUUAUGGGCACAAUGAGAUCCUAAAGUUCGUUGCAGAACAAAUUCGACAGCACCAUGAAGGAGGUGAAUUAUUUAUGAUUACCAGAAAUUCACAGCAUGAACACACGGAUAACAAAGGAGUAGAAAUAUCCGAAGCCACACAUGCUGGAUCAAAUAACCAGUGCAUCGAUAUUGAUUCAGUUUCGGAGCAGAUCAGAUUAUUUCUUCUGGGUUGUUAUAGUGGUGAUGUAGAAACACUCGAAAUAAUUCUAUCUCAUGUCAGCCUGCCAUCAAUUGAUGGAACAUAUGAGAAUAAUGCAGACGAUACUGAUGUUUUGCCACUAAGAUGUCCUCUAACAGUUGCAUGUAGGCGUGGACAUGCCGUGAUGGCGCAUAAGCUACUGAAGGCGGGUGCUAAUGUCAAUGUUCAAGAUAGAAGCGGAGACACACCACUGUUAGCUGCAUGUCGUAAAGGACAUGUUGGUGUAGUAGAAGUUCUAGUGGAAGCAAGGGCUGAUUUGAAGAAAAGUGAUGAAAAUGGAUACACACCACUGCUAAAUGCGUGUCGUGAAGGCCAUGUCGAUGUGGUAAAAUACCUACUGAAAGCAGGGGCUGAUAUCACAGAACGUGAUAAAUUUGGGAACACACCGUUGGAAACUGCAUGCUUUCAUGGACAUAUAAAUGUAGUGGCAGAGUUGGUAAAAGCGAAAUAUGAUGUAAAUCUUUGGGAUGGAUGGGGAAACACACCAUUGACAAGUGCAUGUCGUAAAGGACAUGUCGGUGUGGUAGAAUUGUUAGUGAAAGCAGGGGCUGACAUCAACAAAAUUGAUAAAUAUGGACACACACCCCUGGUAUCUGCAUGCUUUUAUGGAUAUGAAAGAGUGGUGGAUGAGUUGGUUAAAGUGAAGGCUAAUGUGAAUCUUCAGGAUGGAAAGGGAAACACACCAUUGGUAAGUGCAUGUCGUAAAGGACAUGCAAGUGUGGUAGAAUUGCUAGUGAAAGCAGGGGCUGACAUCAACAAAAGUGGUAGCAAUGGGCACACGCCCCUGGUAUCUGCAUGUUUUUAUGGAUAUGAAAGAGUGGUGGAUGAGUUGGUUAAAGCGAAGGCUAAUGUGAAUUUUUGGAAUGGAAGGGGAAACACACCAUUGGUCAGUGCAUGUCAUAAUGGACAUGCAAGUGUGGUAGAAUUGCUAGUGAAAGAAGGGGCUUCUAUCAACAAAAGAGAUAAAUGUGAGAGAAUACCACUAGUAACUGCAUGUCUUCAUGGACAUGUAAGUGUGGCGGAUAAGCUAGUGGAAUUAGGGGCUGAUGUCAAUCGAAAACAUGGGACUGGAUACACACCUUUGGGAUAUGCGAGUUUUAAAGGACAUGUGGAUAUGGUGAAAAUGUUAUUGAAAUAUGGCGCCGAUAUAAAUCAACGGGAUACAAAAGGAAGAACAGCAUUAGAAAUUGCAAAUAAAAAUAAAAAUAAGAGUGUGAUAGAGGAGCUAGAGAAGGCUUUCAUCAGUCAUAACAAUAGAGGAUUGAACAACAGAAAUCUGUGCCUAUCAUUUUGUCCUCAUCAAAUAUUGGAAUGUAUGAGUAAUGGUUGUAUUGCUAAUUUUGUCACACCGCCGACAAAUAAAACGAGAAUGACAGAGAAGCAAGAUUUUACUCUUCAAUGUGAUGAAAGUAGUAACGAUAACGAAGGCGGGAGUAGGGAAGAAGAUGAAAGUAGUAGCGGAAACGAAGGCAGGAGUAGGGAAGAAAAUGAAAGUAGUAGCGGAAACGAAGGCAGGAGUAGGGAAGAAAAUGAAAAUAGUUACAAAAACAAAGAUAGGGGUAAGGAAGAAAAUGAAAGUAGUUACGAAAAUGAAGGCCGGAGUAGAGAAGAAGAUGAAAGUAGUAACGAAAACGAAGUUACAAGUAGAGGAAACAAAGAUACCCAGGUGUGUAAUGCUUUUAUUGCCGAGUUGAAGACAAAACCGUACGCAGAAUUGAAGUCUUUAUUUUUGCACCAAAAGAAACGCAUAGAUAAGAUAGUGAGUAAACAUGAAAGCAUAUUGGAGGAGAGCGAGGAUACAGAUCAAUGGGUUGAUGAGAGAGAAAUACAGAGGCUGCUUUUGGUUGAAAGAAUGAAUGAAACAAACGCAUAUGUUAGAGUGAUUAACUGGGUCAUUUGUUAUGGACACAAAGAGAUCUUAAAGUUCAUUGCAGAACAAACUCGACAGCACCACGAAGGAGAUGAAUUAUUUAUGAUGACCAGAAAUUCACAGCAUGAAAACACAGAUAACAAAGGAGUAGAAAUAUCCGUAGCCACACAUGCUGGAUCAAAUAACCAGUGCAUCGAUAUUGAUUCAGCUUCGGAGCGGAUCAGAUUACUUCUUCUGGGUUGUUAUAGUGGUGAUGUAGAAACACUCGAAAUAAUUCUAUCUCAUGUCAGCCUGCCAUCAAUUGAUGGAAGAUAUCAGAAUAAUGCAGACAAUACUGAUUGUUUGCCACUAAGAUUUCCUAUAACAGUUGCAUGUAUGCGGGGACAUGCGGUGAUGGUGCAUAAGCUACUGAAGGCGGGUGCUAAUGUCAAUGUUCAAGAUAGAAGCGGAGAUACACCACUGGUAGCUGCAUGUCGUAAAGGAAAUGUCGGUGUGAUAGAAGUUCUAAUGGAAGUAAAGGUUGAUUUGAAUAAAAGUAAUGCAAAUGGAUACACACCACUGGUAACUGCGUGUCACGAAGGACAUGUCGAUGUGGUAAUAUACCUACUGAAAGCUGGAGCUGAUAUCACAGAACAAGGUAAAUUUGGGCACACACCCCUGAUAACUGCAUGUUUUCGUGGACAUAUAAAAGUGGUGGAGAUGUUGGUUAAAGCGAAGGUUAAUGUGAAUCUUCAGGAUGGAAAGGGAAACACACCAUUGGUAGUUGCAUGUCGUAAAGGACAUGUCGGUGUGGUAGACGUUCUAGUGGAAGCAAAGGCUAAUUUGAAGAAAAGCGAUGAAAAUGGAGACACACCCCUGGAAACUGCAUGUUUUCAUGGACAUGUAAGUGUGGUGGAUGAGUUGAUUAAAGCGAAGGCUAAUGUGAAUCUUCAGGAUGGAAAGGGAAACACACCACUUGUAGCUGCAUGUCGUGAAGGACAUGUCGGUGUGGUAGAAUUGCUAGUGAAUGCUGGGGUUGAUAUCUACAAAAGUGAUGAAAAAGGAUACACACCACUGGUAACUGCGUGUCGUAAAGGACAUAUCGGUGUGGUAGAAUUGCUAGUGAAUACUGGGGUUGAUAUCUACAAAAGUGAUGAAAAAGGAUACACACCACUGGUAGCUGCAUGUCGUAAAGGAGAUGUCGGUGUGGUAGAAUUGCUAGUGAAUGCUGGGGUUGAUAUCGACAAAAGUGAUGAAAAAGGAUACACACCACUGGUAACUGCGUGUCAUGAAGGACAUGUAGAUGUGGUAAAAUACCUACUGAAAGCAGGAGCUGAUAUCACAGAACGUGACAAAAUUGGUCACACACCACUGGUAACUGCAUGUUUUCAUGGGCAUAUAAGUGUGGUGGCCGAGUUAGUAAAAGCGAAAGUUAAUGUGAAUCUUCAGGAUGGAAGGAGAAACACACCAUUGGUAGAUGCAUGUCGUAAAGGACAUGUCGGUGUGGUAGAAUUGUUAGUGAAUGUUGGGGUUGCUAUCGACAAAAGUGAUGAAAAUGGAUACACACCACUGGUAACUGCGUGUCAUGAAGGACAUGUAGAUGUGGUAAAAUACCUACUGAAAGCAGGGGCUGAUAUCACAGAACGUGACAAAUUUGGUCACACACCACUGGUAACUGCAUGUUUUGAUGGACAUAUAAGUGUAGUGGAUGAGUUAGUAAAAGCGAAGGUUAAUGUUAAUCUACAGGAUGGAAGGGGAAAAACACCAUUGUUAGCUGCAUGUCAUAAAGGACAUGGAAGCGUGGUAGAAUUGCUAGUGAAUGCUGGGGUUGAUAUCACAGAACAAGAUAAAUUUGGGCACACACCCCUGGUAACUGCAUGUUUUCAUGGGCAUGUAAGUGUGGUGGAUGAGUUAGUAAAAGCGAAAGUUAAUGUGAAUCUUCAGGAUGGAAGGGGAAGCACACCAUUGGUGGAUGCAUGUCAUAAAGGACAUGUCGGUGUGGUAGAAUUGUUAGUGAAAGCAGGGGCUGACAUCAACAAAAGUGAUAAAUAUGGGACAAUACCACUAGUAGCUGCAUGUUUUCAUGGACACGCACGUGUGGUGGAUAAGCUAGUGGUAUUAGGGGCUGACGUCAAUCAAACGCAUGGGACUGGAUACACACCAUUGGUAGAUGCAUGUCGUAAAGGACAUGUCGGUGUGGUAGAAUUGUUAGUGAAAGCAGGGGCUGACAUCAACAAAAGUGAUAAAUAUGGGACAAUACCACUAGUAGCUGCAUGUUUGCAUGGACACGCACGUGUGAUGGAUAAGCUGGUGGAAUUAGGGGCUGACGUCAAUCGAAAGCAUGGGACUGGAUACACACCUUUGGGAUAUGCGAGUUUUAAAGGACAUGUGGAUAUGGUGAAAAUGUUAUUGAAAUAUGGCGCCGAUAUAAAUCAACGGGAUACAAAAGGAAGAACAGCAUUAGAAAUUGCAAAUAAAAAUAAGAGGGUGAUAGAGGAGCUAGAGAAGGCUUUCAUCAGUCAUCAACCUCCUGAAUAGAAGGACUGUAUACUGCAGCUCCAUGUAAGAGAACAUAUGAUGCUCGUUUGAAUUUUGUAGCAUUGGAGAUAUCAUAACAAUAUUUAUCACAUGUUUACUCCUUUAUCCAGUGGAUAUCACCCAUUAAAUCUUAAUUACUACA